GGGGAGGCCUGAGGGGCCGCGCCGGGCUGUGCCGAGCCGAGCCGAGCCGCGCGCCCUCCUGCGCUCUGCGCAGCGCUGAUCCCGGGUGCUUGUCUUGCAGCCUGGGAAGCUCAGGAGCUCCUGUCCUCGGCCUCUGGAGCUGGCCGACCCCGCCGCCCGCCGCGCCCGUCCAGGAGCACCCGUCGGAGAGAGAGUGACUCUCUGAAGCUGGGAAAUGGCAGUGAUGGGAAUUACAUGCCAAGGAGCUCCUGAUCCAGCUGUCAAGCACAAGGAGCUCCAAGCUACCAAAGGGCUGAAGGAGUCAGUGAGUGAGAAGCAGAGCAGUGUUUGUAAAGUAGAAGAUUCCAAGAAGGUCAUUUUUCACAGCCAGUGGAAAAUCCUGAAUGAUGUAAUCACCAAAGGAACAGCAAAAGAAGAAACAGAAGGAGGCUGUGCAUCAAUUUCUAUUAUUGCCCAAGCAGAAUGUGAAAACAGCCAGGAGUUCAGCCCCACUUUAUCAGAGAGAUCCUUUAUUGCUCACAGUAAGCGUUACAGCAGCCGCUCCGACAGUCUCGAUCAGAUCCCCAACAAUGUGGCCCACGCGAGGGAGGGGAGGAUGGCUCAGGGCUGCUGGAGAGGGCGGCACCGCGGCAAGGCCAGGAAGAAGCGGCACAAGAAGCGAUCCAAGCUGAAAGCACAAGCAGCGGCUGGCGGGAGGCGAGGGCCCCGAACGCCGGAGCAGGAGAGCUGCACCCCGAUUCCCGUGCAGGAGGAUGAGUCCCACCAGAAUACCCUUUACAGAAACGAGUUUUGGGUUCCAGAGUUUCGCCAGGGCUUUGCCUAUGAUCCGCUGCGCUUGGAGAAGCCUCAGGAGGUUGUGUCCACGGGCAGAGCGCCUUCCCCCAGGAGCCAGUACAAAGCAGAACUGCACAAGCUGAUAAGCCCCAUUCAGUGCCUUAAUCACGUUUGGAAACGGCCCUGUCAGAGGGACAGCGUUCCCCAGCCUGAAACCCCCCAUCCUUUUCCCUACAACAUCCUCCCCCCUCAUUUCCCACGCCUGGACACUCCUCUCCACGCUCUGAAGCGCGGCGCUCUGCACACCUACCUCCACGGGAAACUCGACUACCCGGACAGUGAGCAACGCUUAUCAGGCCUCAACUUAGAGUAUAGUUUCCCCAAAUGCAUCAGCCAGUCCGUGAAGAGCAAUUCAGACAAGAUUUCUGUGGAGGAAUACUUGGUGGAUGCCUUGAAGGGCAGCGUGAGUGUGGGUGAACCACAGAACCUGGCCAGCCUAGCCAAGACGUGGAGAGGAGGUGGGCUGGAGCCCAAGGAGCAGCUCCAGCAAGCAGAUGAGAAUGAAGGCGUGCUACUUAACGAGAAGCUAAAGCCAGUGGAUUAUGAGUACCGAGAGGAGGUUCACUGGACCAAGUGUCACGGGUCCUUGGGCAUCGGCUCCUUUGGAGAAGUGUACAAGAUCCAGGACAAACAGACAGGAUUUCAGUGUGCUGCCAAAAAGGUACAAGUGGAACACUUCCGUGCUGAGGAGCUAACGACGUGUGCUGCGGUAACGAGCCCUAAGGUUGUCCCCUUGUAUGGAGCUGUGAAGGAAGGGCCUUGGGUGACCAUCUUCAUGAAGCUGAUGGAGGGUGGCUCACUAGGUCAGCUCAUUAAACAGAGUGGCUGCCUGCCAGAGGACAGAGCCCUCAGUUAUUUGGGUCAGGCAUUAGAGGGCUUGGAGUACCUUCACGCUCAGAACAUUCUCCAUGGAGAUGUAAAAGCGGAAAACGUGCUCUUGUCUGACGACGGAAGCAGAGCUCUCCUGUGUGACUUCGGGCACUCUGCUCACCUUCAUCCAGAUGGCCUGGGAAAGUGCUUGGUCACAGGGAACUAUGUGCCUGGCACAGAGACUCACAUGGCCCCAGAGGUGGUGAUGGGCAAGCGCUGCGACUCCAAAGUGGACGUCUGGAGCAGUUGCUGUAUGAUGCUUCAUAUGCUUAAUGGGUGCCACCCUUGGACUCAGUACUACAAUCACCCACUCUGCCUGAAGAUAGCUAAAGAGCCACCUCCUCUGAGGGAAAUUCCACCUUCCUGCAACCCUCUCACUGCUGAGAUCAUUAAAAUGGGGCUGGAGAAGGAGCCAGUUCAAAGAGCAUCUGCGUCUGAACUGAAAACUAAGACCAGUGUUGCCCUUGAAGAAGUGGGAGGUGUGACAAGCCCCUGGAAAGGAGAAUACAGAGAGCCUAGACAUUUGUCUUUGAACAAAGACCAUCCACGGACGUCCCUGUCCCCCACAGCGGGUCCAGUUUGUGAGACUGGUUCUGACCCAAAAUUGUCAGUCAAAGUUUCUGGUACAAGCCCAGCUCUGCCACCACCACCCCCAGAGCAAACAGAAGAGAUGGAGGGAAGCCCUUGGAAAGUCUGCAAGGAGUUAUCUGAGACCUGGGAUCCUCCACCUCUCUCCUCCACUCCUCUGCCCCUGAAGAGCUGCAGCCACGUGGAAAGAGCAACAACCAUUUCAGAGCAGGAGCUUCAGCAGCUGGAAAUAGAACUGUUUCUGAACAGCCUUUCCCAGCCUUACUCACUGGAGGAGCAAGAACAAAUGCUGUCCUGUCUCAGCAUCGACAGCCCCUUUGUGUCAGACGCCAGUGAGAAGAACUCCAUGAAAGCUUCCCAGAGCUUGAGGGACACCAUGAGCUCCGGGAUCCACUCCUGGAACAGCCAGGCAGACGGACAGAGCUUCAGCUGGAACAACCUGCUGAGCCGCAGCCGCCACACGGACACUCCCAGCUGCUUCAACGGAGUGAAAAUCCAGAUCCAGUUGCUAAGUGGGGAAAACUUACACAUCAGAGAUUUCCACAGGACAAAGGUGGGAGACGUCGCCACGGGGAUCAGCAGCCAGAUCCCAGUCCCUGCUUUCAGCCUGGUGACUAAGGAAGGGCAGCCAGUUCACUACGACAUGGAGGUGCCCGACUCCGGCAUCGAGCUGCAGUGCACUCUGGCCCCUGACUGCGGCGUCAGCUGGACGUGGCGGGUCAAACACGGGCGGCUGGAGAACAGGCCCUGAAGCUCUUCCUGCUCUGGAGGUUUUUACCUUGGUGAAAGAAGGAAUUGCAAAAGCUUCCAGCCAGCCCUGCAGGGGAGCAGCAAGUGCAGGUACUGGUGGCUUGUGCUGAAGUAGGAUAGCGGAGCAGCAGCUCGCUGCGCUCGGGCCUCGCUUCUGGCGUCUCUUCCGAUCCAGUUCCAGGCCACGGCCCGAGCUGAGGUGUUCCCCGGCACAGGGGGAGUCACUUGUUUUGGGUGUGAGCGUUAGAUUGAGCUUGAGAGUGGUGGGUGGAAAUUCCUGCUUUUCAGAGGAACGUGGUUGUGCUUCUCAGCAGCCCAGGGGCUGGGCCAGGACGCCUGGUGCUCGGCUUCCCACGUGAGCCCGGCAGCGGCGGCGCUUGCCCCGGCAGGAGGUUGGGUAUCUUCAGUGCAGCUGCGGUUGUUUGUGCCAAGAAGAGCUGGCAAACUUCCUCCUCAGCUGCAGAAGAAACUUCACGUCUCUGUAGGGCUUUGAGUAGCAUCAUCUCUACAUCAAGCCUUCUGCAGGGGGAAAAUAACAGCCAUGAGUAGCUGGGUUCUUGGUUUCACCUCCCACCCUUCCCCGCAGACACUUGUUUCUUGAAUCAGAGAAGGACUUUGUUCCCAGAAAGAGCUUUGCUUGCAGCCCUCACCUUCAGCUCUCCCCCCUGCCCUGGCAGCUGCUGCUCUCCGAGGCCUUGCUGGCGGCGGGGGCAGGAAGAGGCUGUGCUGUUCCUCGGUGUGCACAGGGAGGGGUUUAUCUCUCCAUCCUCCCACCGCUGACUUGGGCCUUGAUGGGAACUGUCCCAUCCAGGCACCGUCCCAGGGAGGGGGAAGGGCUCAGGCAGGGUCUGGGUUUCGCUGCAGCCUUGGUGGAAGCUCUCAGUGCUGGCUCUGCCAGGCCCUGCUCAGCCCUGACGGGGUGGCACCAGGCUCUGUGCUGCUCCCCUCAUGUCAAAACACGCUCACAGCUCGGCUGGGCAGCUGGGCCCUCAGUGCCUUAAGCUUUGAGCUCUUGGGGUGUAUUUUCAGAGUGGUUUGAGGAUUUUUUGGGUAUAUUCAUGCAUGCUCACCCUUGUGUGACCCACAGCACGAGCAGAGGGAGGUGUGAGCUCUGAGAGUGCUUGCUGAAGCCUUUGCACACCAGGAAAUCACAGGUGCUAGGCAGGGUGCUGUGGCUUUUCCAGGGGCUGUCUGCACCCAGGCUGAACAGAGAAACAGCUCCCCAAAAGCCAGGCAGGCCCUGCCACAUCCAUCCUGCUCUGGGGGAACACAGAGGAGCAGGAGCACUGGCGGUUCUCAAGUGAAGUUCACCUAAAAAACAGCAGGGCAACGUUCAGCACUGGGGCUGUCUUUUUGAGUCAUAUGCUCCUUAAGAAAGUGAUGCUCUUUCCCUUUGGUCUCCUGCAGCAUCAGCUGAAUUUGUUACACUAGGCAGUGCCAGCCCUGAACACAAAACUAAGGCAGUGUCACUCCUGAACCAAUGCAGAGACACCCCUGAGCACAAAACCAAUGCAGAGACACCCCUGGGCACAAAACCAAGGCAGAGACACCCCUGGGCCCAAAACCAAGGCAGAGACACCCCUGAGCCCAAAACCAAGGCAAUGUCACUCUUCGAACCAAUGCAGAGACACCCCUGAGCACAAAACCAAUGCAGUGUCACUCCUAAACCAAUACAGAGACACCCCUGAGCCCAAAACCAAUGCAGAGACACUCCUGAGCCCAAAACCAAGGCAAUAUCAGUCUUCAAACCAAGGCAGAGACACCCCUGAGCACAAAACCAAUGCAGAGACACUCCUAAACCAAUACAGAGACACCCCUGAGCACAAAACCAAUGCAGAGACACCCCUGGGCACAAAACCAAUGCAGAGACACCCCUGGGCACAAAACCAAUGCAGUGUCACUCCUAAACCAAUGCAGAGACACCCCUGAGCCCAAAACCAAUGCAGAGACACCCCUGAGCACAAAACCAAUGCAGAGACACCCCUGAGCACAAAACCAAUGCAGAGACACCCCUGGGCACAAAACCAAUGCAGAGACACCCCUGGGCACAAAACCAAUGCAGAGACACCCCUGGGCACAAAACCAAUGCAGAGACACCCCUGAGCACAAAACCAAUGCAGAGACACCCCUGAGCACAAAACCAAUGCAGAGACACCCCUGAGCACAAAACCAAUGCAGAGACACCCCCGAGCCCAAAACCAAUGCAGAGACACCCCCGAGCCCAAAACCAAUGCAGAGACACUCCUAAACCAAUACAGAGACACCCCUGAGCACAAAACCAAUGCAGAGACACCCCUGAGCACAAAACCAAGGCAAUAUCAGUCUUCAAACCAAGGCAGAGACACCCCUGAGCACAAAACCAAGGCAGAGACACCCCUGAGCCCAAAACCAAGGCAGAGACACCCCUGAGCCCAAAACCAAGGCAGAGACACCCCUGAGCCCAAAACCAAGGCAGAGACACCCCUGAGCCCAAAACCAAGGCAGAGACACCCCUGAGCCCAAAACCAAGGCAGAGACACCGCUGAGCCCAAAACCAAGGCAAUGUCACUCUUCGAACCAAUGCAGAGACACCCCUGAGCACAAAACCAAGGCAGAGACACCCCUGAGCACAAAACCAAGGCAGAGACACCCCUGAGCACAAAACCAAGGCAGAGACACUCCUGAGCACAAAACCAAGGCAGAGACACUCCUGAGCACAAAACCAAGGCAGAGACACCCCUGAGCCCAAAACCAAUGCAGAGACACCCCUGAGCCCAAAACCAAUGCAGAGACACCCCUGAGCCCAAAACCAAUGCAGAGACACCCCUGGGCACAAAACCAAUGCAGAGACACCCCUGGGCACAAAACCAAUGCAGAGACACCCCUGGGCACAAAACCAAUGCAGUGUCACUCCUAAACCAAUGCAGAGACACCCCUGAGCACAAAACCAAUGCAGAGACACCCCUGAGCCCAAAACCAAUGCAGUGUCACUCCUAAACCAAUGCAGAGACACCCCUGAGCACAAAACCAAUGCAGAGACACCCCUGAGCACAAAACCAAGGCAAUAUCAGUCUUCAAACCAAUGCAGAGACACCCCUGAGCACAAAACCAAUGCAGUGUCACUCCUAAACCAAUACAGAGACACCCCUGAGCCCAAAACCAAUGCAGAGACACUCCUGAGCCCAAAACCAAUGCAGAGACACCCCUGAGCCCAAAACCAAGGCAAUAUCAGUCUUCAAACCAAUGCAGAGACACCCCUGGGCACAAAACCAAUGCAGAGACACCCCUGGGCACAAAACCAAUGCAGAGACACCCCUGGGCACAAAACCAAUGCAGAGACACCCCUGGGCACAAAACCAAGGCAAUAUCAGUCUUCAAACCAAGGCAGAGUCACCCCUGAGCACAAAACCAAGGCAGAGACACCCCUGAGCCCAAAACCAAGGCAAUAUCAGUCUUCAAACCAAGGCAGAGUCACCCCUGAGCACAAAACCAAUGCAGAGACACCCCUGGGCACAAAACCAAGGCAAUAUCAGUCUUCAAACCAAUGCAGAGACACCCCUGAGCCCAAAACCAAUGCAGAGACACCCCUGAGCCCAAAACCAAUGCAGAGACACCCCUGAGCCCAAAACCAAGGCAAUAUCAGUCUUCAAACCAAGGCAGAGUCACCCCUGAGCACAAAACCAAGGCAGAGACACCCCUGAGCCCAAAACCAAGGCAAUAUCAGUCUUCAAACCAAUGCAGAGACACCCCUGAGCCCAAAACCAAGGCAGAGACACCCCUGAGCACAAAACCAAUGCAGAGACACCCCUGAGCACAAAACCAAGGCAGAGACACCCCUGGGCACAAAACCAAGGCAGAGACACCCCUGAGCACAAAACCGAGGCAGGGCCAGCACUGAGCAGACAUCUGUUAAAAAGUAGAACUCCUGUGGAAGAACUGCACCUGCUCAGCACUGUGGGCAUAGUUUUUGUAGCACUUUUUGUUCUAAAGCACUUAAUCCCCUGUCCCAAAUAGGCACCUAAUUGUAUCUCAAACACCACCUUAAGAGACAUUGUAGUGAGCAGUUAACACAUGAUGCAGUCCCUGCCAGGAAGGAGUGGGGGGAAGGGCCAGGCUGUCUCGACUUGGUCUUUUCAGAUGCCAUAAACUGCUAAGAAUUCUAGGCUCUGGAGCAGGAGGGAGCAAAAUGCCUCCUCAGGGCUCCCAGGAGCUGCUGAGUCCAGUGCACCAGCCAAACCCCACGCCUGGCGUCUCCCCCAUGGCAGGGGGGGAAAGGAAGGGAAGGGGAGAAAUCUGUUGGCUGUUUCUAAGAGCCCGUUGGUGCUGUGUGGCUGUGAGGCAGGGCUGGGGAUGAUGUGUCAGUGUGAAACAGCCUGGGCCCUUCCCCUGGGCUGAGGCUUUGGCUGUUGUCUGCAUCGAGGCUUGAGUGCCCAGCUCCUUGGCUGGUGCUCAGCUCCAGCUGUGCAGGAGGCAGCAGCUCUCUCUCCCUUGCCAGGGCUCCCCAGCCUCAUGCUUCGUCCGUAGCAUUAACCUGCAUCUGGGGGCAGCAGUGCAAAGGGAAGGGGAGCAGUCAGCCCCCACUGCCAGAACCAGGCAGAUGCUGUCCCCCUGCUCCUCUCUCACAUCAGCAUUAGCCUCUUGCAGCCUGUCUGUGCUGUCCAAACCCCUCAGCCCAGCAGCAGGGCUCUGGGCCCUGCCCAGACACACGUUCUCCUCUCAGGAGGGACUCUGGCACUCUCAGGCUUUUACCACCUCAGCUCUCUCCUGCCACCAAGACAAUUUCCUCUUGAUGUGCCUGGUCGUUGUUGCAGUGACAGGCAUCAAAAGUGCAGCUUCCAGCCCAAGGCCUGUGCUGCAGCACUGACAGAAAGUCAGAACUGUUCAUUAUGUACCGUAAGACUUGGCUGAAGCUGUGCCUAACAGACCAGGGUGUUGAGGCAGAACCCCAUUCAGGGUAGGGAGGAAUCCCAGAGGCCCAGACACAGAGGGCUCUUGGCCUGUAGCUGCUUUCCCAGGGUGUGGAAGGGUCACUGUGCAAAGCAGCAGGAAGCUGCUGGUGGGGGGACUGGGCAGUGCUGGGGGAGGCCAUGGGACAGACAGUUUGUACCCAGCAGAUGACACUUUAUCACACUGUGACUUCUGGAAAUGAACAUUGUGGAGCUGGAUUUGCACAGGGGAAAGGAGAAUAAAG